UCCAAUCAGAAAGCCCGCGCUUGAGGAAGUGGCGGCGGGAGAAAAAGUCUCUGUUAUGGUUUUACCUCACAUCAAAUCAACUUUGGGACUAGUUUACAUGUUUCCCUCGUCCUGACACAAGAUGAAGGCGCUGCUGCUGCUGCUGUUGUUGCUUGUGGCCGUGUGGGUGAACUGUGAGCCGGGCAGAGGAGAGUCUCCCUGUGUCCCGUCCACCUGGUGCUCCUCUGUGGAGACCGCGCUCCGCUGUGGGGUUUUGAAGCAUUGUCUGAAAACUAACCACACCAGACAGCAGCAGGCGGCAGACCCAGUGAAGGUGGAGGUGUAUGUUGAGAGUCUGUGUCCAGACUGUAGAGAGUUCAUCACCCUCAUGCUGUACCCGUCCUCUGUGCUGCUCCAAGACAUCAUGGACCUGACUGUGAUUCCCUACGGCAACGCUCAGGAAAAAUUUGAUGGACAGAAGUAUGUGUUCACGUGUCAGCAUGGAGAGCAGGAGUGUCAGGGCAACAUGAUCCAGUCCUGUUUACUGAACAUGAUUCAGAGCAAAGCCUUCAUCAUCAUCUUCUGCAUGGAGGCCGCUUCAGAUGUGAUUGAGGCUGGCAAGUUGUGUGUGGAGUUGUACGCGCCACAGGUGAGCUGGGAGGAAGUGAUGAGUUGUGUGAACGGAGAUUUGGGCAAUAAGCUCAUGCAUCAAAAUGCCCUCAAGACCAAAGCCUUGCAGCCUCCUCACACUUUUGUGCCCUGGAUCACCAUCAAUGGGGUUCACACAGACGAUCUACAGGAGAAAGCCAUGUCUUCACUUGUGUCUCUUGUAUGCAGCAUGUACACGGGCCCCAAACCUGCAGUCUGUGGAUGAGGAAACACUACCAAAUGAGAAGAAAAUCCAUUUAAAAUACUGUACUGUGGAGGUGUGGAGACUUACUCAGGGGAUAUUGUUUUGAUUGGUGUUUGUGUUGUUUUUUUUUUGUUAAAAUGCCUGUGCCUUACUUUAUAUUUAUAAACUUGUUUGGUGUCAUCUUUAAAGUAAAA